GCCUGGUCGGGGAGGGGGCCACGGGCUUGGCAUUGCCCACCCAGCCGGCUUGGGUGCAGGCAUGGACUUCGCCGUCCAGCCAGGGCCUGACAGAGGAGCCGAUGGCCUGGAGCCCACGGAGCCCCUGCUCUUCAGUACCUUCCAUCCCCAUGGCCUGGGCAGAUCUGAGGGCUCAGCCCCAGCCCUGGAGGGACGUAGGGCGGCCUCAGCUGGGCCCCAGCAGGGACAGCUGCACCCCAGCUCCCAGGGGGAACAAGCCCCUUCCAGCCAGACCCCUUCUGCCUCAGCUGCCAGGCUACCCUGGCUGGUCCCAGGCUCCGGCGAAGCUGCGGCUGCGCUCCGGGCCAGCACCCAGGCUUGGUUCGAGCAGACGCAGGCAAGCAGGGUCCUUCCUGAUGGCCAGCGCCCCGACUGGUUCCACGGCUUCCUCAGCAGGAGGGAGUCCGAGCAGCUGCUGCAGGACAAGCCGCUGGGCUGCUACCUCAUCCGCUUCAGCGAGAGCACAGUUGGCUUCGUGCUGUCCUACAGGGGCUGGGAUCGCUGCCGGCACUACAUCCUGGACCAGCUGGAGGAUGGGCACUAUGUGAUCCUGGGGGAGGACAGUGCGCACGCCAGGCUGCAAGAGCUGCUGCAACACUAUGCCUCGGCCCCCAUCCACCCCUACUACGAGCUCCUCACCAUGCCCUGUGCCUGGAGCGACAAGGACCCGGUGGACACUGGGAUCCCGGCAGGGGCCGAGGCAGCAACGCUCCCCCAUGCUGCAUUGAGCCCAGCAUACAGCGUCGUGCACAAGCAACGCCAAGCCACCAGCCAGGGCUGCUCCUCGCCAGAGGCUGCCUGUCCUGGCCCCCUGCUCCCUGCCAAGGCCACUCGGGUCCCCAGCAGCCCCUGGAUGGACACAGCACCCCCCACCCCUCCCUCCGCUCCUGAGGCCAAGUACCAGCAGCUACUGCGCUUCCACACCUACGCCGAGCCCCGCGAGGGUCCCGUGCCCCCCGAGCGCCGCAUCUACCACGAGCCUGACGAGCCCAUCCCCUUCUACGCCGUGGGCCGGGGGUCGCCCCAGGACCUCGGCCCUGAGAACAUCUACUCCGAGGUGGACGUUGCGCAGGAAGUCCAGCUCACGACCUCCACGCUGCCCCCUGGCCUCAGCCGGCCCCAGACAUUCCCCUUGCCCCGCCGGCUUCAUCGCAGCGUGUCCAGCCAGGGCUCCAGGCGCCGUCGGCUGCCGGCAGCUCCCAGCAGGGACAGGGGCUCCUCAAGGCCGUCCAGCCCCAUGCUGCAGGUGCUGCCACCCUCCCAGCUGGAGUUCGACGACCCCGUCUAUAGCAGGAAGGUGCCCAUCUGGAGCGGCACGAUGCGUGCCACGGGCCAGGAAGGGCUGGAGAACGUUUAUGAGCUGCUUCCAGGAGAUAGACCUCUGUCCCCAGGAACGGGAGGCUGCAAGGCCUAGGCCCUACCUGCCGCCAGCCCCGGACAGCUGGAUCACACCCAGCGCCCUGGGUGGAGUCGCUCCUGAGUAGCUGCCAUGUCAGGGCUCGAUGGCUCCAUCAAUGCUGCUCUCCAGUGCCCUGGCUCAUAAGCAAGAGCAGCUUGGUACCCUACACAACCCCACCAGCCGGGGACAGGGGAAGUAUCGUCUUCAUCGCACAACAGGCUGCGACGGGACUGGCUUCGCGUGAGGGGGACCAGAACCGGUUACCAGCACCCGACAGCCUGUUCGGAUCAGAGCUGUCCUCCCAAACACGGAGAAGGGCGCAAGGGAAACCUGCCAGGGCUGGAGACCCCUCUGAGCUCCCCCCACACACCCAUGGACAAGCCACUGCUCCUGUCACCAUCCUUCGACUCAGCUCUGCAGGGAGAAGCAAUCUGACCCAUUCAGGGCCAGCCCAGCUGCAGGGAAGUGUUGCCUGUUCCUUCCCAGGGCCGAAUGCCACAGCAGCAGCCAAAAAACAGCCAGGCAGGGACUGGCACUUUGAGAGGCAUCCAUACCCUGAACUGAGCUGCAGGCCCCCCAGAUCCGAGUGGGGAACACUGCAGCUACCAACGUUUGCUGGGAGAUGCCUCCAGCUAUUCAGAGACCAUCAAGACUCAUAGCACAAGAGACUUUGUGCCCAGUGUGAAGCUGUUCCUAGCCCUUCAGUGCAUGGGGCCCAAUUCCCACAAGGCUCCUUUUUUUUUUUUUUUUUACCAUUACUGUAGCAUAAAAGGGCUUGGACAUGGGUGGAAAUUAGGUGCCCCCUUUUGUGUCCCAAAGCACAGUGUAAACUGGUCAUUGGUGUAUUACCGCUGCUAACAUCUGUAAUCCCAGGGAAGCUAUCAGAAGCCUAAAACUGUUUGGACAAUCACUUGCCGGCGCCAACAGGGGUGGUCUGGUUCAUUUAAAAGUUUUAUUCCUUUAUCAAAUCUCUUUCCAGAGGAUUUCACUGUACAUAUAUGAAUAAAUUACUCAACAGUAACUUUAUUCAGGUCAUCAGAAUACUCAAAACGGGGCUUUGCGAGUUACUAAAAUGUCCGGGGAGCUAAACUAGAAAUCAGAUUUUAAAAGACCCUAAGACUUCAUUCACCAGGUACUUUCCCCCCCCCCACCCCUUUAACACAGGGAACAAGGGAGCAAAGAAAAGACCUCUUUGGGAGUUUUCCAGGCUGGAAUCACUAAGAUUAGCUGUUUUAAUUGCAGUUACAACCAAUAAAACCUUAGUGUCGGGAAUGUCUGUUAAAUAACGGGACUAGCGCCCUCCUUGUUUCAGCAUUGUAAAGGGAUAGAAGAACAAAAAGGGGAAAAAAAAGCAAUAUGGGGAGGCCACCAAAAUUUGGCUGGAGACACAGAGAUGCGGAACGCUGGCCUGUGCGAUGGUUACAGGUGUGCCAGCCUCCAUGCCAGUGCUGCAGGGAGCCCAUCGCACUCAACAAAACAAAGAGAUUCUCGUUUGCAAAGUGUUUGCCAACCACAUUUGAAGUCUAGAUGCCGUCUCCUGAUUCCAGACAGGUGGGUGGCGCUAAGACAGAAACCAAAUGCGAGGCUUCAGCAGUAAGUAGAAGUGAUAGAGACUG